CUUCGUGGUUAGCUGCGACCAGGAGCAAAUGAAGGCUGCCAUAGGCACAUUGGAUGGCAUCAUCGACACAGUCUCAGCUGCGCAUCCCAUUGUGCCCUUACUUGGUCUUUUGAAGCCCCAUGGGAAGCUUAUUCUGGUGGGUGUACCAGAAAAGUCACUAGAUCUCCAUGUGUUUCCUUUAAUCAUGGGAAGAAAGUCUGUGGCCGGUAGUGGAAUCGGAGGCAUGAAGGAGACCCAGGAAAUGAUUGAUUUUGCAGCAAAACACAACAUAACGGCGGAGGUUGAAGUUAACUCAAUGGAUUACGUGAACACAGCAAUGGAGCGUCUUGCUAAGAAUGAUGUAAGAUGAUGCGAGAAAUAUAAGCACACUCAAAUUAAACCCUCUUUUUGACAAUUGUAGCAAAGUAUGUAAGUAGGGAUCGUUCUAAACCGGGGAUUAGGAGGGCUUGCUAAAACCUCUAAACUGACUCAAAAACAAAAA